GACAUGCAGUGGGCGAAUAGAGAGCACACUCACCCGGCGUCCGUUUGCAGCCUGCCCUGUAAGCCUGGGGAGAGGAAGAAAACGGUGAAAGGGGUCCCUUGCUGCUGGCACUGCGAGCGCUGUGAGGGUUACAACUACCAAGUGGAUGAGCUCUCCUGUGAACUCUGCCCUUUAGAUCAGAGACCGAACACCAACCGCACAGGCUGCCAGCUGAUCCCCAUCAUCAAACUCGAGUGGCAUUCUCCCUGGGCUGUGGUACCCGUGUUCGUUGCCAUCCUGGGAAUCAUCGCCACGACCUUUGUGAUUGUGACUUUUGUCCGCUAUAACGACACACCUAUUGUGAGGGCUUCGGGACGUGAACUUAGUUACGUGCUUCUCACAGGGAUUUUUCUCUGCUACUCCAUCACCUUUUUAAUGAUUGCAGCACCGGACACAAUCAUCUGCUCCUUCCGACGGAUCUUCCUGGGACUUGGCAUGUGUUUCAGCUAUGCAGCCCUUCUUACCAAAACAAACCGAAUUCACCGAAUAUUUGAGCAGGGGAAGAAAUCGGUCACAGCACCCAAGUUUAUCAGUCCAGCAUCCCAGCUGGUGAUCACCUUCAGUCUCAUCUCCAUCCAGCUCCUGGGAGUGUGUGUCUGGUUUGUUGUGGACCCUCCGCACAUCAUCAUUGACUAUGGAGAACAGCGGACUCUAGACCCGGAGAACGCCAGGGGAGUGCUCAAGUGUGACAUUUCCGAUCUCUCGCUCAUUUGUUCACUGGGGUACAGUAUCCUCUUGAUGGUCACUUGUACUGUUUAUGCCAUUAAAACAAGAGGAGUUCCAGAGACUUUCAACGAAGCCAAACCUAUUGGAUUUACCAUGUAUACCACCUGCAUCAUUUGGUUAGCUUUCAUUCCCAUCUUUUUUGGUACAGCUCAGUCAGCAGAAAAGAUGUACAUCCAGACAACAACACUUACUGUCUCCAUGAGUUUAAGUGCUUCGGUGUCUCUGGGCAUGCUCUAUAUGCCCAAGGUUUAUAUUAUAAUUUUUCAUCCAGAACAGAAUGUUCAAAAACGCAAGCGGAGCUUCAAGGCUGUGGUGACCGCUGCCACCAUGCAAAGCAAACUGAUCCAAAAGGGAAAUGACAGACCAAAUGGCGAAGUGAAAAGUGAACUCUGUGAGAGUCUUGAAACCAACAGUAAGUCAUCCGUAGACUUUCCGAUGGUCAAGAGCGGGAGCACUUCCUGAUAGAUCUUCCUCUACCAAGACGACAUAUAUCAGCUACAGCAAUCAUUCAAUCUGAAACAGGGAAAAGAUACAAUAUGGAGAAACGUGGUAUGCGAUGGUAAACCAUGAACAUGACACCGCCAACACUUACUCCUGGAGAUCUCUGUAGACUACAAUCAAUCAAAUCAAUAGUCAAUCUUGUAAGGAACAAACAGUAGCCACAUGCCAAAAGUAUCAAUAACAGGGAGUGAAUAAACCCAUUUUAUACAACACAACCAAUGAGUGUCAAGCUAAAGUAUUGCUUACUCAAGAGCAGUUAAAAAAAAAAAUCACAAAAGGAAAACUAAUGUUAGCUUGUGAAAAAAAAAUGCUGUUGAAAUAAACCAUGUCUGAUGUUAUUCUUGUAUUUUUCUGUGAUUGUGAGAACUCCCAUUCCUGUCCCACCUUGUUCAACUUGUAUAAGACAAUGAGUCUGUUUCUUGUAAUGGCUGACCGGAUUGAAGCCCUGGGUUGUGCUAAAAAUAAAUGCAAUGGUUGACGCAUGCAAUUUUUUAUACAAAUAAUUUAUUUCUAAUAAUAAAGGAAUGUUUUGCAAAUGUU